GACCUGAAGGAUUCAGGAGUGAAGCUGCUCUCUGCUGGACUGGGGAAUCCCCACUGUGAACUGGAGACUCUGAGGCUGUCACGCUGUCUAGUCACAGAGGAAGGCUGUGCUUCUCUGGUCUCAGCUCUGAGGUCAAACCCCUCACACCUGAGAGAGCUGGACCUGAGCUACAAUCACCCAGGAGACUCAGGAGUCAGACUGCUCUCUGUUGGACUGGAGGAUCCACACAGCAGACUGAAGAAACUCAAUGUGGAACAUGGUGGAGAGUACACAAUGAAACCUGGGCUUAGAAAAUAUGUCUGUGAUCUCACACUGGACCCAAACACAGUAAACAGACACCUCUCUCUGUCUGAGGAGAACAGAAAGGUGACAUGUAUGAGAGAGGAGCAGCCGUAUCCUCAUCACCCAGAGAGAUUUGAGGUCUGGAGACAGGUUCUGUGUAGAGAGGGUCUGACUGGGUGCUGUUACUGGGAGGUAGAGUGGAGUGGUGAAGGGGCUGAUAUAGGAGUGACAUAUAAAGGAAUCAGCAGGAGAGGAGGGGGUGAUGACUGUGGUCUUGGAUACAAUGACAAGUCCUGGAGUCUGUCCUGCUCUGACAACCGUUACACUGCCAGGCACAAUGAUAAUCCCACUACCAUAAACGUCCCCUCCUCCAGCUCCCACAGAGUAGGAGUGUAUCUGGACUGGCCAGCCGGCACUCUGUCCUUCUAUAGAGCCUCCUCUGACACACUGACCCACCUGAUCACAUUCACCUCCACAUUCACUGAGCCCCUCUAUCCAGGGUUUAAUGUUUAUGAUGACUCCUCAGUGUCCCUGUAAAUAAUAACCUGACACACACACACACACACACAAGCUGGA